AUGUUCAUCAGUAUUUUAAUCGUCUGCUAUACAGCACCAAAGCCACAGAGUAAAACAUGUCAAUUGAACUUCUAUCGAACAAAUAAAAAUCCAAUUGAAUAUCAAUAUGGUUCACGAUCUAUUUCUAUCGGUGAUUUUGAUAAUGAUACUUAUAUGGAUAUGGUUAUUGCUAAUUCAAUUAUUAAUGGUAUAUCUAUUUAUCGUGGAUCAAUUAAUGUCACUUUUUCAAAACAAAUUCAAUAUUCUACUGGUUCUAAUUGUGCACCAAACAUGGUCAUUGUUGAUGAUAUUAAUAAUGAUUAUCGAUUAGAUAUAUUAGUAGCAAAUAUUGGUACAAAUAAUGUAGGAAUAUUUUUAGGAUUUGGUGCUGUAUAG